UGAUUCACAAGUGAUACCAGCUUUGGCACAACAGCUGUGUCUAAUCACAGUUUCACUUUCAACACAUAUUUGCCACUGACAAUUACUUUCUAUCGCCUAACCUCCUCUCUUGCUCUACACAUAUAUGUAGCAGAGAUAAGUGUGAGAAAUGUUUCUGCUCCUUGAAAACUGAGAAGCCCAUUUGGUUUUUGGGUUGGGAUUUGCUUUCUUGUUGUGUAUCCUGAGUAAAGAUUUGGUCUUUUUGGUUGAAAUUUGAGGAAAAAGAGGUGGAAGAGAUGGGGAUACUGUUUGAUGAUGCGGUGAUAAUUAGGCAGUCAGAGAAAGAAGGGGAGCCUAGUGUUAUCACUGUGAAUUGUCCUGACAAGACUGGUCUGGGUUCUGAUCUUUGUCGCAUAAUUCUCUUCUUUGGACUCACUGUUGUCAGAACUGAUGUAUCAACGGAUGGCAAAUGGUGCUACAUAGUGUUCUGGGUUGUAGGCAAACCGAGUACUCGAUGGAGUUUGCUUAAGAAGAGAUUGAUGGGGGCAUGCCCUUCUUGCUCUGGAAUUUCGUAUUACAGGCCUGAACUGCAACCCCCGAGACCUCCUGAUGUCUUCCUCUUGAAGUUCUGUUGCCAUGACCGAAGAGGCCUUUUGCAUGAUGUGACGGAGGUCCUCUGCGAGCUUGAGCUAACAAUAAAAAGAGUAAAGGUAUCGACAACUCCAGAUGGGAAAGUGAUGGAUCUCUUCUUCAUAACUGACACAAGGGAACUUCUACAUACAAAGAACAGACAGGAUGACACAUAUGACCAUUUAAAAGCUGUUCUUGGGGACGCCAUGAUCUGCUGUGACAUAGAAAUGGUGGGACCUGAAAUUGCCGCCUGCUCUCAAGGUCCUUCAUUUCUUUCAGAUGCAAUUACUGAAGACAUGUUCAAUAUAGCAACAAGCGAUGAAUCCCCAGAUGACUGUGUUGCCUUUAAACCCCCAUCCAUCACAAUGGAUAACUCGUUGAGUCCUUCUCACACUCUUGUCCAAAUUGUUUGCGAGGAUCAUAAAGGUCUCUUAUAUGAUGUUAUGCGAACUUUGAAGGAUUAUAACAUCCAGAUUUCUUAUGGACGGUUCACCACGAAAGGGAAGUCAGAAUGUGAGAUGGAUUUAUUUAUCAUGCAAGCGGAUGGUAAGAAGAUUAUUGACCCAAGCAAACAGAGUUCGCUGCGUUCUCGCCUUCAAAUGGAACUAAGUCGUCCUCUCAGAGUAGCAUUGAUCAGCCGUGGCCCCGAUAGCGAGCUGCUAGUUGCAAAUCCCGUUGAGAUAACUGGCAACGGCCGUCCCCUGGUUUUCUAUGACAUAACCCUCGCUCUCAAGAUGCUCGAUAGACCAAUCUUUUCGGCUGAAAUCGGAAGGUACAUGAUUGGGGAUCGGGAGUGGGAAGUUUACAGGGUUUUACUCGAUGAAGGGGAUGGUAGCUCUGUUUCAAAGCAAAAGAUUGAGGAGACUGUAUGGAAGAUGUUAAUGAGUUGGGAGUAAUAAGUUUGGGACGUCAUACUCUGCUGGGAUGUUCAACGCCUGCGUUCUUCACUCUACAUCAGCUGCUAUAAUAUGUACAUAUUUUCACUAUGUUUAUGUACAUUAUAGGUCUUAUUUAGCUUCUGUACCUUACAGUUCCAAAAGAGCGACAGUGUAAUGAGGUUAUGAAGAUAUAUUAAUCCUUGGCGCAGCGUUACCCUUGAAAUGGCAGUCAAAUAAAAUACCAGUCCCUCGGCUUGUAAAUUGAUGCAUCUAGGACGCAUCCUUUUGGGGCCUUCCGUCUAAACGACAUGUUUUCAGUUACACCUGUGUCUAUUCUUUUACUGAAAAAUCUUGUCAUAGAGAUGGGAAAACUAGAUGUUUCAGAUGAACUGACGGAGAAUCACGAUAAUUAUGACUUUGUUGAUGAUA